AUGAGUGGACGUGGUGGAGGCCGCGGCGGUGGACGUGGCAACAUUACUAUGUCCCGGGCUGAAUUAACCGAUUUGAUCAAUACUCGUGUGGCUGAAGCCUUGGCGGAUCAGCAGGCUGAUCAGGAGGUGGAGUGUGGCUCGCUACCACCACGUGUUUCUACUUCUGCUACUACUGCUACAGUUACUACUCCUGCUACUGACAGCAAACGUAAGCGGAAUGAAGUGGACAAGGUGCCCAACUCGAACCAGUCACAGAAGAAGCCGGACAACGGCAGCAACCGUAGUUUCAGUCAGUCGUCCUCAGUUAAUCAAAAUCAGACUAAUAGCUCCAAUCAGGGUUCUUACGCAGGGAAGCAGCCAAAUUGUAACAAGUGCAACUUUCAUCAUCAUGGGCCGUGCACCCGGGUCUGUCACAGGUGCAACAAGGUGGGCCAUAUGGCUAGAGAUUGCAGGGCCCCACUCCCAAGACAGCAGCAGCAGCAACCCCCACAGCAGCAGCAACCGCAGCAACAGGAGAGGCAGCAGCCUCAAUAG